GACGGUGGAGGGGAGGGGGGCGCGGGAAGCUGGGACCGAAGGCUCCCGGGGCGGUCUCUGGUAGAUGAGGAACAAAGUUCAUCGGCUCAGUGCACACACUCCCCGCCUCCUUUUCCUCCUGGUUGUUAUUUCCCCGCCCCUUACACUCGGGCCCUUUCCCCGCCCAUGCUCCAUCCCCAACCCGCUUCCCCUUCGGGAUGUGGGGCUGACAGUAUUCCAUCCUUGGGCUGUGUGGGGACAUUUCUGAGUUUGGUCUGGGAGAUGUUUCCUCUUGUUUGGGGCAGGAAAGAGUGCAGGAGAGUGGGAAAAGGGUGGCUGGGAUCUCUCAUUCUCAUUUUAUUUCGGGAGAUUGGCUGGCAUUGACCUUACCAUCUGGUUUGCAUUUGCUGGCUGGAUCUCCCAUUCUUCUAGCCAGUGUACGAAGUGCUGUGUGCUCGUGGAUUUGGCCCUAUUCGAGACACAUAGGCAGUUGAAAUUCUGGAAUGAACUGGAACUGUGGACUCAUUUAAGGACAUCUCAACCCUGUAGGCUGAUGUACAUUAUAUCACUGGAUAUAUUUAAAGAAGAGUAGACAAUUUUUUUGUUAGAUCAGGCAAUUGUGACACAGGAGGUCAGGCUUUUGGCAAAUCACUCUCCUCACCUGAAUCUUCUAACAUACCCCUGCCAAGGGAAUUUAUGGUAGUCAGUCAACCUGCGCAGUCUUUGAUGUGGGAGAAAACAGAACUACUGGGGGAAAUGCAUUCAGCUACAGAGAAAAUAUACAGACCCUUCCUGAACCACCCCUCCAGUGCUGAGUGCCAAAAGCUGCAGCAUGAACUCGAGUGAUGAAGGCAGCAGGACACCGACGCCUCAAGGUGAUGCAAGUUGCCUCAGAAAUGAUGGGAGGCCUCCACAAAGUGGUGCUAAAGAAGAUUCCAAUUGCCUAAUCCAAACUGCUGAAGAACAUUACCAGGAUUCUCAGCUCAGAAUCACCAGGAGCAAAAUGACGAGUGACGUCAUCCCAAGGGAUAAGCGGAAGCUGCAGACCAGCAGGUAUGCGGAGGAGUUUGUUCCGAAGAACGGGAAGAUUCUGAAGAACAAUGACCACUUUGAGGCAGGUGACUGGGGUGCACCGAUCUCCCUGAAGAAGGAGUUCACCUUUAGUGUGUGUGGAGACCCUGAUAACAUCCAUUAUGCCUUCGCUGGUGACCCAGGCGACACCCUGCUGUCUGCGCUGAAUUCCUCCUGCGACUUUGAGGAGAAGGUGAGGAGUGACAGCACCAUCCUGGCCUACGGGGAAGGGCCUCUGAAAGGACUGGUAAACUUCAACAUCCUGUGCCGCUAUCUGCCGCAGCACACCCACUUCCGCCUGGUGUUCCUGCGUUCUGCUGGCCGGGAGGGUGGCGCCGGUGAUCAGCCAACGCAGAUGCCGCCGGUGCAGUCCACCAACCGGUGCCACGUCCUCUUUUACAUCGAGCCCAGCGGCCGGACAGUAGGAAACACCACCCAGCGGAUUGUGGUGUCCGACCGCAUCGCACAGGGCCAGACCAAGCUCUGUGUGCUGGGCUUUGUGGGCGAGACCAUCCGGGAGGCGCUGGCUAAAGACGGACGCUUCGACGUACGUCUGGAGGAUGACACACACAAGCUGCUGGAGAAGGUGGAGCCGCCGUGCAAAAUCCAGUUCAAUCACCCCGUGGAUGCGUUGCACAGCCGCAGCUUCCAAGUGGAGCUGAGCGUCGCCAAGAAGAAGCCACCCCCCUCUUCCUGCUCCUCCACUGCCGCUUCCUCCGACGACAAGAGCGCCAGGCCCAAGGGUAGCCGGUCUGCUGAGACACCGCCGAUGCAGAUGCUGCCCAAGCGGGAGGCAGAUGGCAGGGUGUCGGAGAACAGCCGUUACCCCCUGCCUAGGUGGCAUGUGGAGGCACGGCGUGCAGCCCUGCUGCGGUUCAAGCAGGCCAUCAGCCGGAGCGCGGAGCUGGCAAACAUGUCAGAGAGGCAGUGCCUGAACCGGCUCUACCAGGAGGCCCGGUCGCCCAUCCCUGCCCGGACCAUCCGCCGUGUUGGUGAACGCCUCUCUGCUGUGGGCUGCCUGGCCUGGAGAUCGCUCAACGCCCAGGGCACCGGCACCUGCUUCCUCCUGAAGGACUCCUACGUGCUGACCAGCUACCAUGCAGUGGAGAUGCUGGCACAGGGCAUGGAACCGGGCUGCUGGCCCACUGCAAUCCAAGACUAUGCAUACGUUACCUUUGGCUUUGAGGAGGAUGGGCAGGGGUGCCCGCCACUGAAGUUGACUGGCUGGCUGGAGCUCUACGAUCAGGCCCUCGACUACGCUGUGCUGGAGUUGGCGACCCCAGCUGGUGUUCCAGGGCUGCUGGAGUCUUCAGUCACCCCAGCCCAGGCCGGCAACCUUUACAUCGUCGGCCACCCAGAUGGAGAGGUGAAGAAGGUCUGUCCUUGCUCAGUCAUGAGUGGUGAACAGCAGGGAGCCGGUGACUCCACACAAUACCUGGAGAACCUGCGGUCGGUGAUCCCUGGCGAAGCUGCUGAAUGUUAUCUCCCCGAUAUGGUGUUGGUCGCAAGCCAUGGUUUCAGCAGAGUGAGACACCCCAACGCCACUCCCUUCCGAGCGGAUUACCACCAUGGUGCCUCAGGCUCUGCAAUAUUGGACUCAGAGGGAUGUGUGGUUGGAUUACACUGCGGGGGUGAGACCCACAAGAGGAACAAAGACCCCGAGAAGUUCUACAUUGAAUUUGGGAGGUCCAUCAUGCUCAUCAUCCAGAAUAUAGUUAGCAAAAGUGACACUGUCACAACCGAAAAAUCAAAGCAAAUCAUUGCGGCAUUACAAAGUUCUUUAAAGUGAAAUGGGUGUACCCAGAGGUGUGACAUUGUACAGGAGGACUGUAAUCCAGAUAUGGAAGUUAUGUGUUUGGAAAAGGUGUGAUCUAAAGUUUGUUUUGAAGGUUUCCACCUGAAAAAUGAAUCUAUCGAUUGAAGAACACAGACCCCUGUAUUAUACUUGAAUAGUGAUUAUGCCAAUGUCCUUUACCUUGCAUGUGUUUUAAAUAUCCCAGCCACUGGGGAAAUAUAUUGGGGAUCUUUUUGUGUGGUGUACAAAGUACAUUUAUAUUGUCUACACAGCUCUAUGCUUGGGAAAUAAAGAAAAUGAGAAAAUAAAGAAACCUUCACUGUUCCUAAGUGUAGGCUAUAGAAGGGGAUAUGGUUAAAAAAGAAUCUUUAGGACCACAUCCUACCUGUAUCUGUCAUAAUUUAGAUGAAAUAAAUUGAAUUAUUCUCUGAAGUUAUUUUUUUAGUUCACCUUUUCUUCUGUAUCCACUCCCUCACGCUCCUGCCUCCUCCCGUUUACCCUCUCCCAAGUUCUUUCAGACAAAUGCCUGUUUGUAAGCCAAGUUCAGGAAGGUGCAUGUCUCGGGUUGAGCCCAUUGUCAGCCUUUAUACAUUUUACAUUGCUUGAUAGGACAAGGAUAUUGGUACUGUUACUUCCCUACCCAGCCCAGCUAUUGUUGUGCUCAUUCUUCCCUUCUCCAAGGCCAAGGGGUUUGAGCCAUAACCGCCAGAGCCCAUGAAGCAGGUGGAAUAGGAUCAGCGCCAGGGAUUUGUCUGUGGCCUCUGGUUUACAUCUAAACAAAGUUACUGUUGGUGUUUGAUCAGUCUUGGACUAGAUUUUGUGGCACUAUAUUAUCUCUGCAUUAAUUGGUCAAAGUGUUUGCCCAGUUUGAAAACACUAAAUUGACCUGUUUGCAUAUAAUUUGUAAAUUUUUUUUCUUUUAAGUUCAGAUGAAAUUUCGUUUAAUAAGUUUGAGUAGAACAAAGCAGUUUGAAUAAUUCAUUAAACAUUUGGCAUUCCACAACUACAUGCCCUCAUCCCAAUCUCAAAGAUUUCAGGAAUCAAGAGCAUCUUAAAAUGUACAAGAACAAACAAUUGGAUGCAGAUCUAGCUAAUUUAGAAAUUGGAUCAAGUUUGGCAGGUUUUCAAAUGCUGCUGUAGUGUGCCUAAAGGUCCAGGAAUGUACAUUUAUUCCUCUGUCUUGUGAAAGUUGUUACAAGGUCUUGUUUCUCUUUCAAAUGCCUUCAUUUAUGGGGGGUGUUGUAUGUUUGUGUUGCAUUUGAUGUACUUUACAAUGACACUAGUAUGUCUUAAGAAAUAAAGUUAGCUUUAUGCCAUUAGUACACUGACUACAUUAAUUUGUGUUUCACUUUUAAGUGUUAGGAUAAAGUCCUGAAAAGCUAUUUAAAGGGGAGAUGGUCAUCUCUUUUGUCUUUUUAGGCUUGAGAAUAUUCUUUCAUGCACUGUUUGGCAAUUCUACAAUGAGCAAAUGUUGAAUAAAGUUAUUUUCACUUUUUA